UGUCAAAAGCAAACCUGAAACCAUGCGAAAACAUCUAACCAGUUCUGAUGAGUACAAUAGGUUACGGAACUGGUUAGACAUUGUGCUAAAGAUGAACGACCAAGAGCAAAAGAGGUGCACAUUACAGCAUGAACUGGACCAAUCAUUUUUCACCUCUCAUGCUCCUCCUGUUCUCAAGCAGCUAAGUCCCAGUCGUGGGAGGGAGGUCAUUACAGCAACAACAAGCUCACAGCAGUUUCACUCUCUCACAGAAAGGCAGACGCACUGAUAGCCAGCGCUCGACGGAGGAGCCGUUUAGACAGAGGUCAUGUGGAUGUCAGUGCGUUUGUGAAUGUUUAACCCCAUUGCUCAUUUACUGGAGAGGGACCGGCUUGAGCUGAAAGGAGGUCUAUAGCUGCUUUUCAGAUGCUGGACUAUUAUGGUCCAGCUUGAGAACACCAAGUGCAGUUUUCUCGUCUGCCUUGUAGUCUGCGUCUUAAUAUGUUCUGCCAUCUACCUGAACGCAAAAAUACCCAAAAUCUCUCUUCCAUUCACUGACUGGAGCAGCCAAACCACACCAGCACCCGAAAGCUGUGACAUACUACCACCUGCGACCCCCGGGUUUACAUGGCAGCAAAAAGACCAUAAGAACUUCAGCUAUGAGACCAAACCGGACGCAAACUGCACUCUAUUGCAGUCAGAUCUGCACUUUAUCAUGGAGCCAUUGAGCAAAGAAGAAGAAGACUUCCCUUUGGCUUUCAUAAUCACCAUCCACAAAGAGCUGGAAACUUUUGUGCGGCUACUGAGAGCCAUUUACGCUCCGCAGAAUGUGUACUGCAUUCACAUAGACGCUAAAGCGGCGGGAGAAUACAAGACAAGCAUCCGAAACCUAGUUGGGUGCUUCCCGAACGUCUUUGUGGUGUCCGUCAAUGUAAACGUGACUUACGCUGGCUUCUCCCGUCUGCAGGCUGAUAUCAACUGCAUGAAGGACCUGGUGAAGUCUCCAACAAAAUGGAAAAGAGUUAUAAAUCUGUGCGGCCAGGACUUCCCAAUCCAGACCAACCUGGAGCUAGUCCGAUACAUGCAAGGACCCGAAUGGAAAGACAGGAACAUUACGCCGGGAAUCAAGCAGCCACCCACUAUGAAGCACAGGACUGAGUUUCAGUACGAGGAGGUAAAAGGCACCCAUGUUGCACCAAAAGGCAAGGGUCAAAAGAAGGGACCACCUCCUCACAACCUAACAAUUUACUUCGGGACUGCUUAUUACUCCUUGACGAGACCGUUUGUGGAGUUUGUCCUCACAGACAAGUUGGCCAAAGACUUGCUGGAGUGGUCUAGAGACACCUUCAGCCCUGAUGAGCAUUACUGGGUGACUCUAAAUCACAUGAAGGAAGCACCUGGCAGUUAUGUCGAAGGCGAAUGGCAAGGUAACGUUCGUGCAAUCAAAUGGAAGGACCAAGAAGGUACAGCACACCAGGGCUGUAAAGGUACGAGACCUUUUAAUACAUUUUACACUGACAUUUAUGCAUUUAGCGGAUAAUUGUAUCCAAAGGUUCAUCCACAGCAAUCUGUCACAGAACCAACAAUAUUUAGGGCCCGAGCACCGAGGUGCGAGGACC